AUGUCUCGUUCAUUGUUUCUUACAAGCAGAACUUGUUUAAUUGCCUUAGUUGCUGUCCUCUUGGUUUCUUCAUUCCUAUCUGAAACAGUUAUUGGUUUCGAAUGUAACCAAGUUGACUGUCCUCCUGGUUAUGACUAUUGUGCAUGCAGAGGAUUCACAUGCUCAUGUUCUCGUUAUCCUCAACAACAAGCAAACAUGGUCGAAAAGAAAAUUCCUGUCAGGGAAAGAAGUUGUGGAACUGAAGUUUGCGGAGAAAAUUGUUAUUGUAAUGGAUAUGAAUUCAAAUGUGUUUGUCCAUUUGAAAAAGCAGACACAUAUGAAAAUGUUGCUGAGAAUGAAUUGUUUGAUGCCAUCUAUGAUGAAGAAGAGUAA